AGAGGUAUUAUCAUAGGGAAAGAAAGCCAAGCAACAUAAUUAGAGGGCGGUCCGACUUUCCACCGAAAGACCGGACAGAUUCCCAGGCCCAUGCAUGGCACGUGGGAAGCUCCGGGUGGCGGUCUGCCAUAUCUUACAUCGAACUCGACACGACAGCCUCAUUUGAUCCGUCUACGUAGUCACGACGACAAUGUCUUCUUCUAGUUCGUCUGUUCCUGACACUGAUCUCAGUGAUCAGGAUCGAAGGUUGGGUGAGAACACGAAAGAUGAUUAUGUUAAGGAUAACCUUCGCCGAUUGCGUACGGGAAAGCGAGGCCGACCCCCGAUCGACCCCACGCAAAGAGGUCUGGUGGAACGACGCCGUAAUCAGGUCCGAAAAGCACAGCAGGCCUAUAGAAACCGGAAAGAGGAGGAAGCUGCUCGGCGCAUCAACCGCAUUGCGGAUCUGGAAAACCGCAUCCACCGGAUGAGACAGUCUUUUGUUGACUUGAUAUCCUGCAUCACGGAGCCAGCUACAAUUCAGAGCCAGCCAGACUUGGCGCACCAACUCCAGACCAUCACCCGCGACUUCUUAUCUGCAUCCCAAAUCGAACAUGCCAGCGAGUUACUACGGGGAGGACAUUUUAACCAGAACGACUCAAGCAAUGAUUCCCCCUCGUUGUCUCCAGGCAUCUCGUCCAAUAUCCGCGCCUCCUGCGCUCCCAAAUCGCCUGUACCAGCUGUAUCUAUCGAAGACCCGCUGCCUACUCCCGCGCCAGCUUUAGAUUAUCUCUCUACGACCUUCGAAGGACAAGCCCCGCCCCCGAGAAAUUUCUCGCAGAGACUAUAUCUUAAUUGCAUCAAGCGCGCUUACUUUCUACUCACCAGCCCAUCAGCCGACAGGGCCGAAGUCGCCCGCGUCUUCCAGUAUUCAUUCCUGUAUUCAGAUGCCAACACGAUGGCCUCAACCUUUGACAACUUACUACGGACCAAUGCUGAUUACCAGACCGCAUAUGUCUAUCGGCUGGGCGGCGCAGGUACUCACUAUAAGGAACCGCUGAUAGGCCCCGUUCUCGAAUGGAGUACACUAUCAGUGGCUGACGAAGACCCAUGGUUCGAUCCGCGGGACAUUGAGGGCUGGCUCGAAGAGAACGGGCUUGUUAUUGGAGGCGCCCAGUCAUUCAUGUACCUGUCGGACUUGCGUUUUCUACCUUCUAGCUCGGUAGAGUGGAAUAUUCGGCAAGGUGUCAAGAUCUUCCAUGUGGAUCAUUUUCUUCAAGGUUGGUCUUCGUUUAUUCCUCUGGGAUUGCACUGUGAUUGUAGGGAUACUGAAUGUCUUGAGCAGAGCUUCUUUCGAGGGGGGUGUGUCUGGGUGGUGCCCCGGGCUUCCGCCGCCGGGACGUUGAAGCGGCAUUUGGCCUCGCAAUAUUUGAUGAACCGACCUUCGUUCCUGAACCAGGGCGGUACGUUCAAGGUAUUUUUUGAAAGGUGAAAAAACACUCGGUUUAUCCGAAUAUUCCCAUCUUUCC